AUGGUCGAGCCUAUGACCCCUGGAGAGAGACGCCCCACUUCCCCCAAAUACUCAAAGUCAUCUUUAUACUGGACUUCAUUCUUCAACGCGUAUCUCAUCUUCUCCUCUUUCUGCGCAAUCGCCGGUCUCAUUAUCAGCGCAGUCUCGCUCCAUAAAGCGAACGAGGUCAAAGCCUUUCAGUCCUCCCGAUCUAUCACGGACUUGGACCGUACCUUCAACAGCACCAUCUACGCCAUCGCAAGCAAUGGCACGUCAAUCCAGAUUGUGAUGAGGCUCCCAUUGAGCUGA